CAGGGUUUCUUUUUGGUAUCAUGUCGUGAAGCAUUUAUGCGUGUAUGUGAACAUGCAUUCAAAAUGGGCAAGAUUUUUAGCAUGACUUUAUCAGCAAAAUAUAUCUGCGAUGAUCCAAUUGGUGUUCGUUUAUUGAGUGCAUUACCAUAUGCCGAUGUGGUUUUUGGAUAUGAAGACGAAGCAAGAGUUCUUGCCAAAACUCAGCUUCGCGUUCAGUCCACAAGUUUGCAUGCCGUUCUUGAAGCCAUUCGUGAUACUCCGAAAUGGAAUCGAGAUCGACCACGGGUCGUUGUUGUGACAAAAAUUCCUGAGCGGACAACAGUUGCAACAGUUGAUGGUAUUAAAGAAUAUAAAUGGAAAAAACCUUCAAAAAUUAUCGAUACACAUGGUUGUGGUGAUGCAUUAGCCGGAGGAUUUCUUGCCUAUCUGGCUUUGGGCAAGAACAUAGAUCAAUGUGCUAAUGCUGGCUUAUAUUGUGCCUAUGAAAAUCUGCAACAACUUGGUUGUCAAUUUCCGGCAAAACCAUCCUACAAUGGCUAA